UCCACAGUGAAUGAGUAUGUGUUCAUGGUCCAAGCCAGAGGGAUCCAGAUCAGGGAGAACGUGAAGAACAUCGGAGCUCAGGUCCUGGAGCAGGUGGUGAGGGGCACCUACAGCAAUGGCACAGACUACUCCUAUGACUUUAACAUGAGUGACAGUGAUGCUCCGCCCACCACAUACCUUCCAGAGGGCUUCACUUAUCUCUCAUCACAGCUCUGCCCUGAGCGACUGCCCUCUAUGACGGGUAGGCUUGAAGUGAACAUGAGCGAGGUGUCUUUGGAGGAUGUGGAGAGGUCGCUGCUGGAGGUACAGCCUGGAAUAACCAUGGGAGGGUACUGGAAGCCCCAGGACUGUUUACCUCGAUGGAAAGUGGCAAUUCUAGUUCCAUUUAGAAAUCGUCACGAACACUUACCCAUCCUCCUGAGACACCUGGUGCCCGUGCUGCAAAAACAAAGACUCCAAUUUGCCUUUUAUGUAAUAGAGCAGGGGGGCACAGAGCCAUUCAACAGAGCUAUGUUGUUUAACGUUGGCUAUAAGGAGGCCAUGAAGGACUUCGACUGGGAUUGUCUGAUCUUUCAUGACGUAGACCACCUCAUGGAGAAUGACAGAAACUACUAUGGCUGCACUGGCAUGCCCCGGCACUUUGCAGUACAUUUGGACAAGUACUCCUACAUGCUUCCGUAUAAUGAAUUCUUCGGUGGUGUCAGUGGCCUCAUGGUGAAGCAGUUCAAAAAGAUUAAUGGAUUUCCUAAUGCAUUCUGGGGCUGGGGAGGAGAGGACGAUGACCUAUGGAACAGGGUGCAUUACGCCAAUUACACAGUGAGCCGUCCACAAGGAGACCAGGGGCGCUACAAGUCUAUCCCACACCACCAUCGCGGGGAGGUCCAGUUCUUGGGGAGGUAUAGUCUUUUGCGCCAUUCAAAGGAGCGGCAGAAAGUGGAUGGCCUUAACAACCUGAACUACUCUCCCCUGGUGUCCAGGAGGCCUCUGUACACCAACAUCACAGUCAGCCUGAGCAGGAAACUAGCUCCAGUUGCUGACUAUUGACCUACACCCUCAGCUGGACUGCAAAAACAAAGCCCUCACUGGGAAGUGUCCUGGGACAGCAGCCAUAUUGUCACCAUAGUCGCAGCACUGUUUAGGAAAUUUCAUUUCAUUAGAUUUUUUUUUUUUUUUUUUUUUUUGUAUGCAAAAAAUGGAUGACCAAAACAAGUAUGUUUGGUAAAUCAUACAAAAAUGUGGAUCAAUGUUGCGCUAAUCUGUGCCAUUGUCCCCAUCACUCCACUCAUUUGGGCUUAUUGUAGUCUUCACAUGCCUUUUCAGACCAUUUUGGCCUUCAGCAUCAAUUUCCCACAACCCUCAGCUCUGUCUUUGCUAAAAAAACAGUCCCUCAUACAUACAUGCACACAUUUUACUGGGCUGAUGUUGUCCUGGGGAUUUGCUCUGCUCUUGCACUUCUUAUUUUCACAAAUGCAGUAAAGAUAUUUGCAUGCACAUGUACAAUACACAGCCGUGGGAUGAAGCCUGGACUCCUGCAGCUGGUUCUGCAGAUAGUAUGCCAAAUUAUAUUAGAGACAAGAUAUAGAAAGACUGUUUUAUUGAAAUAGUUAAUAUAUUCAUCAUUUCAUUUAAGUACUGUGAUGUCCUUGUAUUUGCAUAGGAGAAUCGGAUGUUCGGGCUUGUGUACGUGACUGUAUCAAUGUUAGCAAUAAUAAUAAUAAGCUGUAAUAUACCAGACAGCUGAAAACUUAGAGCUGACUUCCUCACUGUAUACAGAUGCAAUAGCCGGGUGCUAGCUUAGCCACUGGACUAAGAGCGACUGUGUAUGCAAAUGUUUCCACAAAACACACCUUUGCCUAACAAACAUGACCAUCCCCUACAACCCUGUGUGUGCGCAUGUAUGUGUGUUUGGAGAGGAGAGGGGGAGCUAUGCAAAGUCCCUGCCAGUGCACGAGUGGCACUGACGAUAGCUUUGGGCUGGUUUGUGUGUGUGUGUGUGUGUGUGUGUGUGUGUGUGUGUAUCGUCUGUAGAAACAGACACGAGGGAGGAAGAGAGAGCGAAAGAGAGAGAGCGAGCUGGCUAUUUUAGGUUCCAUAAUGUUUACUCACUUUCACUUUUAGGAGGAUCUGGAGACUAUACUUGAUCACUGUCAUUGUCACUGGUGUUUACCAAAGCUGUUUUGAAGCUUGGAUGUUUUUUCCAUUAGUUUUGUGUUGGUAAAAUGGUUGUCUGGGCCUUGCUUCACUGCAGUGAAGCAAGGCCCAGUGGAAAAGUGGAAUUAUUUCAGUGUUAUUUCAAUAGUUAAUUUCCUGCUGAACUUUCAUUCAUGCAUUCAUUUUCUUAUCAAAUUAGCAGAUAACCUAAUUGUAGAUCCUUUGAACAUAGAUUUGGCAUAGGUUGUAGCGAGAUGCUUUCCUGGUCAGAGUGCACAUGCUUGUGACCUCUUGUGGUUGGAUUAAUAUACACAGUUACAUUGACUAAUUGAGUUUAAUGUCUGUAGGCAUGUGUACUGUAACUAUUGAAAUAAUUCCACUUGGAUGAUAAAGUGUGUUAAAAACACAAACAGGGGAAGUUCACAUGUUGAUGCUAUAACAAAUCAGAUCUGGUGAUGAACUACUCAUUACCCUGUUAGCUUGUUAGCUUGCAGCCCAAAUGUCAGGCAGGAGAUUUUUUGAAACAGCAUGCAGUGAACUAACAGCAGUGCACAGUGUCUUUUUGAUUUGCGUGUUUAACAGUGUUGAUUUUCAGUAAUUUGACCACUAUUGUAAAACUUCAUUUUUCACCAACACAUCUUCAUCAUCAUCAGAGUGUGUCUUUAGUCUUGAAGCUAUACUUCACACAAAUCGCCUUGUAUGCAUUUAUAAGAUGUGUCUUUUGGGGGGAAAAUGUGGCUAAUUGUUUAUGUUACCACAAUGAAAUAACAAGAGGCAGGACCUCGUUUUUAUUUAUUUGAUCUUUUAAGAAUUAUUUUGUGUAAUUGUUGAGUUCUAUUAUCUUGUUGUUGAUGUGAUAAUUAAGUAGGUGGCUCACAUGACCGACUGUGUUAGAUGCACUGAAACCUGUAGUCCCUAAUAUGUAUUUAUGUGGGGUUUUGAGGCUAAACAGGAAGUGGUCCAUCUUAUCUACAUUGUGCAAUGAAAAGCUAAAAUUUUUACAGUAAAAUAAUGGCAGCUGUGGUUGGCAGAAGGUUUCCUGUAUAAAAUGUAUUAAAGCAGCUUAGUGUAGGUGACUUGGAUUCUUUAACAUUAUUAUGUUUUCCUGUAAAAACCUAGCAACCACAGCUGUAUGUAUUUUACCAAAAUUUUACAUUUUUGAUACAUUGUGAUGAAAUGGACCUGCCCUUGUAGCCUGACAUGUAUUAUAUCUGAUAAAGCCAUUUUGUGUGACAACCACAGGAAAGGCAAGACGCCUAAAAGAGCUAGUGGUCUCUGUCUUUCACUAAGCACCUUGUGGACUAAUUGAUAAUCAAUGGUGCUGAUUUUUCAGAGCUAACCUUUUGCGAUGGCUGCUCUAUGCUCUACGUGCUUCACUGGAUGUCUACUUCAAAUUCCUAACCCCCGCCAAUGGAAAGAACAUACUGUAAAUCGUAGUACUACAUCCCAUAGUGUGAAGAUUGUACUAAUUGUCAUAUUUAUUAUCACAAUAAAUCCAUUAAAGUAACAAAUGAAGUUAUUCAAACUAAAUGCAUAAGUAACAAUAAAAUAACAUUAAAAAAAAAAAAAUUACUGAAUCCGUAUAGUACACUUUUCGUCCUACUUGCACAGUAUCUUAAACUGAGUUCAUCUUAUGCUUUUAUCUGUAGUGAAAUUCAGCCGUUGCCUUUUCAUUAAGCAGUGAUGCAUCAAGCUGCCUAUAGAUAUUUGGUUGCCACUUCAAAAACACGUUGUAUACCUCAUAGCCACUCACUAAGAGGUGACUGUGACAGUCAUGGACCCUAGCGACUUACUGUAUGUGUUAAGUUUUCUUUUCCUUGUGUGUUUGAGUGAAAUGGCUAAUGUAUAGUUGAUAAAAGGUUUCAUUUUCUAUUCGUUUUUCAACCUAUUCUAUAUUAUCCACAUGUUUAUUUUUCAUUGCUUUAAAUUAAAAGCUAGAUGGACUUAUAGCAGAAGCCAAAUGUUAACUAAAAAGAGAAAACUAUUUUUUUUGUGCAAUGAACUGGCAGCUUCAUCAGCCAUUGCAUUUUAUCAAAGCAAUUCACAUGAUCAUUUCAAAAAAGGGUAACCAAAUAGGAGCAUGUUUUUUUUUUAAUUUCUGUUUGUUUUUCUUAUCUUUCUGCACAAUCUAAAUAAACAAAUGGAUGGUAAACCCUCUUAAGAGCAUGCCAAAAUAUGUUUAUCUUGUGGUCUCAUAGUAGACCAUAACCAGGCUUGCUGCUGCUCAUUUGAAAACAAACUUGACCUUUGACACCCGUUGAGCUCCCCUGUUCAGAUCCAUUCUGUGUCUGUUUCAAUGACGGUAUGCUGUUUUACCAUGUACCCGAUGAAACUGGCAGCCUUAAGCUUAUUAAUUUAUUGCAGUGUUUUUGUUUUUUUACAUUUUAAGUUUUUAUUUUUAUAAGAGAAAUGUUUAAAUUGAGAAAAAAUGUUCAUAUCAAGAAAAAAAUCAUUGUAAAUAUUGUGUGUAGUGUUUUAGCGAAUUAUAAGGACUUAAAUCACUACAGAUGCUAGUGUUGAGAACAAGACUUUGGAGGGGUUGUGGACAAGUGAUUGUGGUAUCAUUUAGAGGUACUCAAAAUACUUCCUAGUACAUCAUUUUCACCCAUUACUUCAUCCCAGUGUCCUAGAAGUAUCAUAAUUUAUUGUAUUCAUGUCCAUAUUUGAGUAACAUCUUUGACUAUAAACCAUUGUAGAUUAGCAAGUACCGAUCCAAAAUGGCACCCAAACAAGAACCACAACCCACUCCAAAAACACAUAUUUUGAAGGAAAGCAAACUAGAAUAAAAAUAUGAAAAAAUACUGCUACAUUUACAGUUAUACCUGAUUGUAAGGAGGUAUAGUCCUCCUUGACCUGAAGCCAUUUGAAGCCACUUGUCAAAGUUUGAUGUCAGCCUUAUGUGUAUCUGUUUGUGUAUUGGCACAUUAUCUUUUGAUUAUUGAAAUUUGUAUGAUGGAGACUUUUCUUUUAUACCAUCAUUGUUAUUGUCAGAGUACACCGAUAAUAAAAGACAAACUUGUAAAGAU